UCAAUUGAUGUGGAGCAGAAGACAAGAAAUAAUAAGGAGAGUAGCACUUCAUCCUCCUCUCCAAUUCCAACUGACCGUUCUGAACAGAAUGCCUCCGCCACCUCUGACCCCUCACCCUCUGACCAACUCUCCUCCCUCGAUCCACCUCCCUCUCCUGUUAAAUGUUCCUCUCAGCCUUGCUCUCCUGCUAAACAGCCCUCUCUCCCCAGGUCACCUGCCAAACACCCUCCCCCCCAGGUCACCUGCCAAACACCCUUCCCCAGUGAAAUCCUCUCCAGUGGUGUCUUGCCCUAGUUCUCCCUCUCCUACCAACCCUCUGGACCGUCAUGGAGACAUCAGAAAAGAGGGCGCAACAGUCAGACCUCUGUCUCUUCAGGACCACUCUAGCCCAAGGCCCCAGAGGCCAGACUCUUCACAGGGCCAGCUCAGCCACCAGAGGGUCAGAGGAGAACGGGGGGCCCUGGUCAACAUGGAACUUCUUGGGUUGCCUAACAUUGGCAACACUUGCUUCCUAAACGCCACCCUGCAGUGCCUCCUGGUCCUGCCUUCCUUCUCAAAGGAAAUCCUACGCCAGGAACAACUCUGGAGCUCCUCCCCAUUCUCCAACCUGCUCAGGUGUCGGUCUGAUGUGCACCGUUUUGGUCUACCUUGCAGUGGCGCAAACCAGGCCUCAAAAGCAGACCUCAUGUGGAAGGUCAAGUACUCCUUGUCGGGAUCCGAUUUCAAGUAUCUGGGGGACAUGCAACAGGAUGCACACGAGUUACUUGUGAAUAUGCUGUGCCAGCUGAAGGAGGAGGGCAUGAUACUGAAGACGCUCGGGGUGAACUAUACCUGCCCUGUUUCCCAGCUGGAGUUCCAGCUUGUGUCAGUGCGCACAUGUACCAGCUGGGGGCGUGAGUCGUCCACCAUAGAGGAUUACAUCAUUGGUCUCAUUGGACUUCAGCUCUGAGCGCACCUUGCUAAGCAGCCUAGCACUCACUUUCAAAGUCAGCACAUAGGGUUUAGCCCUGGGUGUAGAGACUAGAGGUCGACCGAUUAUGAUUUUUCAACGCCGAUACCGAUUA